AUCAAGUUACAAAGAAUAGUUCUUUUUAUGCCUCAUUGCAUGCAGAAUCUAUUUUACAAGAAUAUUCACAAGAGACAAAACUAUCUAAUCAACAUUUAUUAAAACCUUUAAAUUAUGAACAGUUUUGUAUA